AUGGCGUCCAGAAGCCUUGUAGCGUUUCCGGAUAAACGUGUCACUGUGACCAGACACCGAGCACUUAACAUCGUGAAGGGCGUCAUCUCAGAGUAUCAACUCCUUGACUGCUCAGACACUGAGAUCGAGGAAGGGCUUAAAGACCAAGGCGUUGUGACGGCAAGGAGAAUUGUGAUGCGUCGGGAUGGUAAAGACAUCCCGACGAGGCACAUUGUCCUUUCCUUUCAAUUGCACAGGCUUCCUCAGACCAUCAAAGCAGGCUAUCUUAACUGCCAUGUCUGUCGAGGACAGGCGACCUGUCCAAAAUGUGCUGGCAUGGACCACUCUGCAGAGUCCUGUGCAAACGAAGUCCGCUGUGCAAACUGUAAAGGGAGCCACCCAGUCUACUCCAGGUCCUGCCCCCGUUGGCAGGAAGAGAAAGAAACACUCAAAAUGAAAGUAACACAGCAUAUCUCAUACAGAGAAGCAAAGACACAGGUAGAAUUUGCCAGAAAAGGCACGUACUCCGAAGUGGUGCGCCGGGGAGUGGCACCACUGCGGAAAUCUGUGGAGAGCAGGCUUCUGGGUCUCCACCCCACACUCUCCACCCCAAACACAAGAAAAGCCUGCGGAGAGCUUGCUUCCGCUGGCACCAGCUGCUCAGGCGGGCAGCCGGGAAGUAGUGGCCACAACCUCUACGGAGGUUGA